AUGGAGGGCAUUGUGAAGGCGAAUCCUUCUAAUUUCAUUCGGUAUACCACCGGAAAACAAGUCCGGCUGAAGGUAACCCGCAGAAAUAAUCGCAUCGCCUGUUUCUCUGUCCACGGCAAUGCGAAAAGUCACAAGUAUGGACUUGUCCACGAAGUGAAUCAACACUUUAAAAAGCUUCGAAGGACUGGCCUUCAAUAUCAAAGCUCACUCGUCGUGCUUGCUUCCCAGCAAUACGCGUCCUGGCUGGAAGAUGAACAGUUCAUGUCGGCGUUGGUGGAGCCUUUUGCAACGGCACCUCGCGGUUCGGACCUUGAGGGCCGAAAGCUUCCCCAAGACAUACACGUCCUUGCUGCCGCUGUAGACGGCCUGCACCCCCUCCGCGUGUUUGGCGACACGCCUCAUGGAUUCUCGUUUUACUACGCAAAUAUGAAGAACACGAUGUCACACAUGUGGAGGGACAAGCCGGAUCUUCCAGACGAGCCCAAGUCGUACAUCGGAUUUCAUUCCGGAGCAUCCCACUUUGGUGCCAUGGUCUCGUGCAAGCUGCCUCUUGCCAACACCGUUUUCCAGAAUGGUCGUCAGACAACCAUGUUCGCGAGCCGCUGGCGUAACUCAGGACCGACGACUGGAUUACAGAAGAUGCGUUGGAUGGAGAAGCGGACCCAUAACGUCCAUUUCUGGGACCCAGACAAUCAGAACAAGUACAACAUCCAGUCUCCGUUGGUUCCUAUCACUGCCCCUCGAAAAAUCCUCGCGGGGCUCGGAAACAUAGUCAGCCUGGUUGAGGUAGGUGGCGAGGAAACGCCGGCUUCGACUGAGCUCGAGAAAGCCGUCAACGAAUUGUACGUCAGACGAUCGAAAGAGGGCCACACAUUCCCUCCAGGCCCCGUGGGCGUUUGGGCCCUCGUUCAGCCCCCAGGCCCCAAACAAUCACAGGAUCUCGACAUACUACAGGAGUGGUUCGAUUUAUCGAGUCAAACCCAAGACGUCCACGAGGAAUGGGAGCUGGCUCUAGAAUUCAAAGACCAUAUUCGGUGCCACUUGCAACAUCAUGGCAGGCUCUACAAGAUUCUGAGUGGCGGCGGAGGAUGGGGAAAGAAGCGAGGGCUUCUGUCGUUAGAUCCCGAUAUCGCCUACUCGCUGUCACCCGGGGAUGAGGGUCUGGACAGCUUCAUUCGAUCCUUUGAAAGCCGCAAUGACGGGAGUGCCGAGCAAGACAGGAGUAUCGGGCAAGAUGUGGUUGCCCCGGGCUCAUACAUCCAAUACUUUAUCACGCCCCCCUUUAGCGCUCGACCGAAACUUACGAGAGCGAGCGGCUCGGCUCUGAGCAUUGCUUUUGGCGUAUCGGAAAGUGAAACUGUGGAGGAACAGCCGCUGACCCAUGGCUCUUCGGAAUGGACGGUCAUCCCUCAGCACUUCGGUGCGGUAUCAAGCCUUGGUAUUUUCAUCAAGUCUGAUGGACACAGAAAUGGGAGCGGAUCAAAACUCAGCGUGCCGGGGUCGUGGUUUGGAUAUCUGAAGGCGACUGAAGAGGACUGUACCACCAAGUCCCUGAAGGCUACUAUACCACCAAGGCCAUUCAAAAAGCCAUGA